AUGGGUGUUUGUAUGAGCCAAGAAGAAGAAAUCCGACAAUUAACUUUGAAUGCCGCUCCAAAUUACAUCAAAGAGAAGGAAGAGCCGAAGCUUGCACCGGAGCAUACCAUCUACAAUUACGACUGCAGUAAAAAAGAUCGAGAGAAAUUGGCUGUGCUCAGCUGUCCACAUUCCGUCGGCUUCCAUCCGGAUCGUCUUGCUAUCGUCGAUUUGGAUGAAAGCAGCGAAAAUUACUGCAAGGUAUGA